GUCGCUCCUGGCGUAAGAGUGAAGGGGAAGCAACCUGAGCAGACACCGGACUGUCUGCGGAGGGAAGCCAGCGCACUAUCCAGUCACUUCUUCUUCUUCUUCUUUCUUUACUUUUCUUUUUGGUUGAAGUGGGAAACCAGUGGGACAUGUCGGCCGUUCACAUGUCUAUCAUGGACCUCGGCUGACGGGUUAAAGGCGCCCUGUGACCGCGGCAGUAGGCCCCACACGGCGAGCCUGCCGAUGACCGCCCCGCAAGUUCGCUUAACCUCCACCUCGUUAGGAUGAAUCGGAUCAUCUGGCAGGCGAUUUUCCUCAUAGCUGGUUCCCUCUUCACAUUCGGAGCCGGGCAGGGAAACGUUAUAAUUGAUAACAGCUCCUUCGUCCAUGCCAACUCCACCAGUGCACCAGACAACUCCACCACCGGCUCCACCACCAUCUCCACAACCGGCACCAGCACAACCGGUGCCAGCAGUGCCAGCAUCCCUCUGGUUAAAAAGUUUGUUGCAGCAGCUGUCCGGUCUCAUUUCGAUGACUGUCCAGACUCCCACAGCCAUUUCUGCUUCCAUGGCACCUGUCGCUUCUUCAUCUUAGAGGAGUUGCCGGCGUGUGUGUGUCAUCCAGGCUUUGUCGGGAUGAGGUGCGAGCACGCAGAUCUACUCGCCGUUGUAGCAACCAACCACAGACCGCAUACAGCGGCCACAGCGCUGGUGCUGUGUGUGAUCAGCUGUGUAUUGAUCAUGCUGUUCUGCACACUGUUACACUGCUGGUGGCGGCGGGACCGCCGGAGACGGAGCCACGCUCUUCACUACAUCCCGGAGAAAUCUGGCGCCGUGCUAAAGGGGGGAGGGUCCUGCUGCCAUUCUGAAAGUGUGGUUUGAGGAGCCAUUCGCUCACCGUACGGGCCGCCAUGUUUGCAUCUCGUGGGCUGCCAUCUUGCCUCAUCUGCCCACUGCUCCCCCACCCCUCCAUGGUGUGGUAAGAGCUGGAUGAUGCAGCACUGGCCAGAUGUCCUCUCCAUGGCCAAGGUAGGCCCGUCUGACUGGGGAAAUGAAGUGACUCAUGACGUUUAUUUUUCGCUGACCGGGGACGUUUCAACCACAGGAAACUCAGAACCCCUCCCCGGCACUAUUUCAUUUUUUGUGGAAAUGGGAACUGCAAGCAUGAAUGCGAGCUCCGAGGAAAACCGUGCGCUGCUGCCAGAUCCUGUAUAAGGAGGGCCAGGUGCGUAAUGACUAUUUAUGGCCGCCCCACACGACAAGAGACAUGAAGAUCUACACCGACGGCUAAGCACCCUGAGCGGAUGUUUAAAAGUAAAGACGCCGUAACACGUCUUCUUUACUCUGCUGCGGGACAACUACGUGUGAAAUUCACUCGAGCCGGAGGACGGCGAUCCCCAUUUUUUUUGUUGUCUUUUUUAAUGUCUCGCACACUUGCGUCCGAACGGCACAAGCACUGAAUUUUUUUAUCAAGAAGUAGCGGUGUGGGGAGUUGAUGGAGUUAAACGAGUUUUAGUGUUGACUUUCUCUUUUAAAGCGAGGGGAUCUGGGCCGACUUCACCCGACAGUAUGGGGAAUUGUUAUCCGGACUGACAUCUCACGAUGCAAACCGGGUUAAGAGGCGCCAACGGCGCUUCAGCAUCCCCAAGUGAUAAACGCACAUGAGAAGCGGCAAACGAAGUUAGGGAGGCAGCUGCGGCCGGGCACACAAAAACCUCCCCAGGAAUGUAACGGUUAUUACCGAGGGUGUGAUACUUCAGAUGACUUUUGUGACGGUAUCAUUUGAAGCUAUUCUUUACAAAGGGUGCAAAAAACAAAAAAAACAAAACAAAAAAAAAGUUUUUUUCCCCCCAUUGCUGAUCUGUAUUUGAACACGGUAACGUGUCAGAGGCUAAUCCGCGAGUUGUCCGGCCUGUGUCCCCGUGCCACGUCCGUACGGAGUGGCGGCAGAAGUCAAAUCUAACCCCCCCCGGUGAACACACACCGUAUGUACGGCACUCCUAUAACGUCACACUUUACUGCAAAGCUUGCUCACCCUAUCACAUAAACUGCACGUCCUCUACCCGAGUAGUCACAUGUGGCGGCCUACUCCCGGAGUGGCCACGUAGGAGGGAUGCCAAACGACGCCGAAUUCUUCAGAUGCCUGAAGGAGCGCUGCAGGGAAAAGAAGACACGUGCUGUAUUUAUCACAUCUGCACACACACACACACACACGUCCGCACAUCUGCCCGUGGGGAGUGUGCUCUCAACUCACCUCUGAUGUAUUUUUAAAGUGACACGCACAAUUUGAAGUGAGUCAGUGCACCAUUUGGCACAAAAAAAAUUGUAAAAAAACAAAAACGUAGCGCGCCAUUGGCUGUUCGUUAGCAUCGCCUCUACUUCCUUUAUCCACAACCUUCUUUUUCUUUUCUUUUUUUUAAUGGUAGGGAGACAAGCCCGCUGAGGCCAAUUAACACAAGCUAUUAACAAACUGACCCGGAUGCCAGUAAAUGUGUGUGGGGUGUGGGGGGGCAUAAAAUGACGUGAAUUAUGACUUGAUAACAAAAAGUGUGUGUUGUAUGGAAGACGUGUGAGACCGAAGUCACGGAAAACUUGUUUGUGAUGUGAGGACUUCCCACUAUGCGAUGAAUGUGCUGUUAACUACCUGCCAAAAGAGAGAGAGAGAGAGUGUGUGUGUUUGUGUGUGUGGAGGGGCUGUUACACUUAGCAGGCGAUUUUUUCUUUUCUUUUGUGUACUGCAUUUGUUCAUGAUGUCGGCGUUGCAGAUUAUAGUGUAAUGUUUGUGUGCAUACAGCAUCAUUGUGUAAACAUAAAAAAAAAACAAAACCACAGGGAUACUCGGUAUGUACCGUGUAAUCUGGAAAAUGAUGUCCGUGUAAGAGUUGUAUAGCAGUGUGUUUGUGUGUGUGUGUGCGUGUGUGUGUGUGUGUGUGUGUGUCUGCUCUAUCUCACUGUCGUUUCUCUUGCAGACUAACCUUUUUUUGUUUUGCCACAUUCGUGUCGGUUUUUUGCCCACGUUGAGGGGCCUGUAACUGCUGCAUUACUUUUUUUCAAUGAAGAUUUCA